AUGUUAGUGCCUCCUGAAAGAAAAAUCCUUCCAUCAGCUUCUAAAACAAGCAAUAGAAUGGAUGAAGCAGUUGAACGUGCUGAUCCAAAUUGGACUGUUUCUGCUGAAGAAGUUAAGCAAGAGGAGGAAAAAGAGAAGAAGGAAAAUGACGAUGUGUUCAAUGGAACAACUAAACCUGUUCAAGUUUUCGAUAAGCGUUCUGGUAAUGAAGCAAAAUCGGCUGCCCGUUCACAAAGAGAUACUACGCGGGGACCACCUGCUUCAUUAAAUGCUGGUGAUGGGAAAAGAGCACAUAACAGAAGGAGAGGAACACACGAAGUCGACUUUGACAUAAGCUCACCCGAAUUGAUGAUAAUGGAUGAUUAUGAACCCGCGGCCGCUGCUCAACGUGGAUCUAUCCAACGCAGCUCCAUUCAAGAAGCUCCUUUCAUCGACUGGUCUACCCAAGAACGAGGCAAUAAUACCGUUGUUUGCCUCUCACCAAUUGCAAUAAUUUCUGGCGGAUUGCUUCUGCUUCUAUUGUUGUUAAUAAUGUUAGUAAUUUUAAUGAGAGUGAUGCGGAAAAAUAGGGGAAGUAGUGGAACUUUAAUGGAGCAUAGUUUAUAUAGCAGUUGA